UCGUGUCUGCGUUGAAUGCGAUUUGAAAUAUGAAUCCAUUGAUCUGUGGGACCGUUUUGAAUAUUUACAUUUUUACAUAUGCAUUGUAAUUAUUUCAUAUUAAUUAAAAAUGAAGACUUUGUAUUCAAAUAAUGUCGUUCACAAAUGCUUAACCAAAACAUUUUAUCGUAUCUUAUGUUCUAGUACUGGAGUAUGGAAUGAAGAUCUUUCAACAUCAAUCAAACAUGACAUUGAACGUAAAUGGAGAAACAAGCUUCAGGCAUCUGUUCAUGAUGAUGAUAACCAGAAAUCAAAAUUUUAUGUGCUGUCCAUGUUUCCUUAUCCAUCUGGACAAUUGCAUAUGGGUCAUGUGCGAGUAUACACUAUCAGUGAUACGAUGGCCCAUUUCUACAGGAUGAAUGGGAAAAAAGUAAUUCAUCCUAUGGGUUGGGAUGCAUUUGGUCUUCCUGCAGAAAAUGCUGCCAUCGAAAGAGGAAUAGAACCAUUUGCGUGGACCAAGCAGAAUAUAAAACACAUGAAAGAACAGCUUCAGAAUUUAGGGUGCAGCUUUGAAUGGGAUCGUGAGCUGGCAACUUGUGACCCAAAUUACUAUCACUGGACACAGUUCUUAUUUCUGAAGCUGUAUGAAGAAGGUCUAGUCUACAAAAAAGAAGCCCUUGUUAACUGGGAUCCAGUAGAUCAGACAGUGCUGGCAGAUGAACAAGUUGAUACCAAUUGUUGCUCCUGGCGUUCAGGUGCUAAAGUGGAGAAGAAACUCCUAAAUCAGUGGUUCAUUAGAACAACAUGUUUCUCAAAGUCUCUUUUGGAUGGACUUGAUGACCCAGUACUUAAGAACUGGAGAGACAUAAUAAAUCUUCAAAGACACUGGAUUGGGGAAUGUAAUGGAACAAAAUUUGAAUUUGAGUUGGAAGACACAUUAUCGCAGGUUAUGAAGCACACCCUUACCAUAUUUACGUGCAAUCCAGAAUAUGUAUGUAAUGCAAGUUUCAUUGCAGUUGCCCCAGGGAGCAUUUUGGAUCGGUUAAAAUUUGAUUGUGACAGUACUGUUGAAAGCAAUGAUGUGUUUAAAAGACUCCCUGUGAUGGCUAAGAAUCCCUUUACAGGAGAAAGGCUUCCCAUAUAUGUAACUGAUCAAGUAGAAUAUGAAGAAGGAAUGGAUUGCCAUCUUGGAAUACCAGGAAUCUCAGAAAUGGACAGAUUGUUUGCAACAGCUGCAAAUAUUCCAAUAUCUUCUCCAAAGGAAAAUAGCCAACAGCUGAACUCAGUUGAAGAUGUGGAUGUGGCAAGAGGUCGCAUUAAUCACAUGGCACAGAAGCUUGGGAUUGGUGGAUAUCCCUGCAGUUCCAAGCUUCGAGACUGGUUAAUUUCUCGUCAACGUUACUGGGGUACACCUAUCCCAAUAGUAUAUUGUAAACAAUGUAAUGGUCCUCAGUCUGUACCAUAUAGUGAACUGCCUGUGACUUUACCAGAAAUUGAAAGAUUGUCAAACUGGGGCAAGUCUCCUCUUCUAGAAGCUACAGAUUGGCUGAAUACAAAGUGUCCUAAAUGUGGUGGAGAUGCAACACGUGAAACUGACACAAUGGAUACAUUUGUUGAUUCAUCAUGGUAUUUCCUACGAUACCUCGAUCCACACAAUGAGGAUAUGCCUUUCAGUAAAUCAAAAGCAGCUGAGUUUAUGCCUGUUGAUUUAUAUAUCGGAGGCAAGGAACAUGCUGUACUUCACUUGUAUUAUGCACGAUUUAUGAACCAUUUUCUACACUCCAUUGGGCUUGUGCCAUACAAAGAACCAUUUCAACGGUUGCUGGUUCAAGGAAUGGUAAUGGGGCAAAGCUACAGAAUCAAAGGCACUGGUCAGUAUCUGCCUAAAGAAAAUGUAGAUUUCUCAGGUCCAAAACCUGUUGAAAAGGGAACAGGCCUGGAUGUGGUUUCUUCCUGGGAAAAGAUGAGCAAAUCAAAGCAUAAUGGAGUGCAUCCAGAGACCGUGCUGAAAGAUUAUGGAAUUGACACAACCAGGCUACUCAUACUUGCAGAUGUAGCACCAACAUCAAAUCGACAUUGGACUAGUGACACCUUUCCUGGUAUAUUGAAAUGGCAGCAUCGUCUGUGGUUGACAAUGAGGAGUUUCCUAAAUACUCGUUCCAACUUACAGAAUAUUGUUUCUGACACAGUAUUGCAUACACCUGAAUUCAAGGAGCAUGAAGCUCGAAUGUUUGAUAGUCGAAACUAUUAUUUGAAAGGUGUUACAUUCAAUUAUACUACAGCAUUUCAACUCAGUGUUGCUAUUUCCAAGAUGCAGGGCCUCACAAAUAGUUUGCGGCGAGUUCCAUCUGAGGUGAUAGGCCGUGGCCUUCAAUUUGAGCGAGCUCUUGCAUGUCAGAUCAUUGUUUUGGCACCAAUGGCACCACACUUUGCAUCUGAAUUGUGGUCUGGUUUUGUAUCAGCUCCAAAUCGCAUUAACAGUUCAACAAAGGAAAUAAAAUGGGAUCAGGGAGUUCUGGAACAGACCUGGCCUGAAGUUGAUUUUAAUUACUGUCUUGAACUUGUGUGCGUGAUAAAUGGAGUGGAGAAGAAAAGCAUUCGCCUACCACGACAGGAACUCGAUAACUUGACUCACGAUGAUGCCCUGGAAUUGGCAUUGUCGCAGUCUGACUUGCAGAGAUACACAUCCGGCUAUAAAAUUGUCAACACAGCCUUCACAUUACAUCCCAGUUAUGAGGCUGUCAUCAACAUCAAAACAGAGAGAAUUAGCAAAGUAAAGCAUCAACAAAUGCAAGACAGAUGAAGUUCAGGAUCAUAUGAUAUAAGUUUUGAGGCUUUCAUGGUGGUGAUAAUUUACUCUGUUGUCUACUGGGUUGUAACACCAUGCAAUCUUGUAGGCAUACACCAACAUUUGGGGAGAAUCUGCUGCCUCUGAAGCAUCAGUAUCGGCCUACAAGACUACACACUGUCACAAUCCAGAAGACCAGAGUAAAGAAAUAUUUUGUAUGUUCUGUAAUUAAUGUCUUAUUUUAAAUGACCCACUGCAUUGUAAAUAUGUGUAUGAAAUGAGAUUAAAUUAAAUUUAAACAUCA